AUGGCUGGUGAGAUUGGCACUCAAAAACUUGGUAUUGAAACGUUGGCUUUGAUUUGUGAUGUAUGGGAUGGAGAUCGCUGGGCGUUUCGUCGAUGUCGUGACGUUAGGAUGCGAGACACUAUCCACAUGAUCGAGAAUCAUCGCUUGGCAGAGGACCGUACAGCAGAUGAUAUUGUCUUAUGGAGGCAUAAUGAAACUGAGUUCCGUAACUUCUUCUCAACCUCAGCGACUUGGCAUCAGCUUCGUACGCACAGGCCAGCAACAUCUCGGAGCAAAGUGAUUUGGUUUUCUCUUGGAGUGCCUCGGUUUGCUUUCAUAACUUGGCUGGCAAUAAGGAAUAGAUUAUCUACUGGAGACCGUAUGUGUACCUGGGGUCUAGCUCAUGGGUGUUUGUUUUGUGGAGAACCAAAUGAGUCUAGAAACCACUUAUACUUUGCUUUCCCUUAUACCUUCACGCUCUGGAGCAAGACUGUGGUUGUUUUAGCAGUUGCUAUUGCCUUACUUGGUCCGAUUUUGUUCAUAUGGCCCUUCCUUGCCAUCGCAUCAUGUAGAGGACCGGUUUGCAGUGCAUUGGAACUUAUGGUGGCGGAAUCACAGUGUGCCUUGGCAGUUGCUUAUGCUCCUACUGCUAUUAGCUUCUGCUUAGCUCUUUUACUUUCUUGCUACUUGUGA